AUGGGUAAGCUCCCCGUUGAGGGGGCGGGGAGGGGAGGAGCAAGGCGUGUUAGCCGGCUGGGGAGCCGAGCCCUGCCUACGCGAGGCGCAGCGCUAGGAAGCGCGGCCACGUCGUUGUCGGCUUCGGACGAAAAGACUCGGAGAGCUUCAAAGCGCACGCCACCCUUGACCAAGGGAUCCCUUCCUGCGGCAGUCUCCACCCCUGGCCUUGGCGAAGGCAGGGAACAAUUUCAUGUCGUCAAGAGUUUGUUCAAGCCUUACCAGGGCGACUUGUUCGGCAACUCCGGCAAGGACAACACCCAAGGAAUGCUCUACCUCAGCCGGAUGGAUCCCAGCAGAGACCCCAAGAAGACUCGCGUGGACACCGCCGAGGAGCAAAGGCACAGGUCUCUCGCUCAAUACGGGGCCAAGGAAGGAGAAGAUUUCGUGGCGGAACAAGAGGCGCACCGCGCAGCAGGCGAGGAGCGGCGACGGCGGCUGGCGAUAUCCCUAGCCACUCUCUCCAAGAAGCCCGAGAAGCGGGCGAACGUGGUGGCGAACGGAGGGGUGGCCGCGCUCGCCAAGCUAUCCAGGAGCGAGGAGUCCCGAACGCGAAGUUCUUGCGCCGAGGUUUUCAACAACCUUGCGACGGAGAGGUCCCUGAGGCAGCGCAUGAUCGAGGAAGGCGCAGCGCCGGCCAUCAUCGCCCUUGCCGCCUCCUCCCACAACCGCCACCUGAGGAGCCAGUGCGUGGAGGCCCUGUGCAAGCUCGCCGUGGUGCCGGGCAGCGAGGCUCAGAUCAUCGCUGAGGGAGGCGUGUCGUGCAUUCUGGCGGUACAGCGGGCGGUGCCGUCGCUAGGAGGGUUGGCUGGAACGGUAGAGGAAGACGAGUCGUUAGAGAGGCUCCUAAUACAGCUCCUGUGCAACCUAUCGGGCUUCAAGAACAACCAACUAAAGCUAGUGGAGGAGGGCGCCAUCCGGAUCAUCUCCCGCGCGGCCGAGAGGACCGCUUCGGUGGACGUGGUCCGCCUCUGCGCCAGCACCCUCUGCAACUUCGCCGGGGAAGGGAGGGCCAGGCCCAAGAUGUCAGACAGCCGGACGGCACAGGCGCUGUUGAACCUGACGAAGCACGAAGACAUCGGCAUCCGGCGAGAGGUGGCGCACACGAUAGCGAGGCUGGCGGCCGACGCGAGCUGCAGAGAGAAAAUCCUGCAGUACGGCAUCAUCCCGAUCCUCGUGACCAUGAGCACCGCACCCGACCUGGAUACCACCACAGGCCGAUGCAUCGCGCUGGCUUUUCGGGUGCUCUCGUCGGAUCGAAAAUUCGCCGAGAUAAUCGUCGACGGCGGAGCGGUGGAUGCCCUCAUCUCCCUCACGAGGUCCACUGAUUCCCCCUGCCGCCUAAGCUGCGCACAGUCUCUUUGCAACCUGAUACGCUUUGCUAUCCGCCUGGACUACCUGAUCGAGUGCGGGGUUGUGUCAGCCCUUGUCCGACUGGCGGAUCCCGGCGAUGAGGCCACGUCGGAGUGCUGCGCGGCCGCGCUGUACCUGUUCUUCUGCCACCCGGCGGUGCUGGCGCUGAUUGACGGGCGGGAGGUCAUCCGCGCGCUGAUGGACCUCUGUCGAGUGGGCACGACGAGCGUCAGAAAGCGUUGCGUGGCGGCGAUCUGGAACAUGACCAAUGUGGAGCAGGUGGCGCACAGUGGUGGCAGCGCCGCGGAGAGCAUCCCGAUGCUUUUGGGGCUACUGCAGACGGAGUCGGACAAAGCGCUCCAGGCAGACUGCGCCGCGGCUUUGUACAAUCUCGCCAGAAACCAGGAGAACUGCCAGGCGAUGAUCGUGUCCGGGGCGGUGCCGCCUGUCAUCGUAUUGGCGAAGUCCGGGUCGUUUGAGACCAAGACGCAGUGCAUGUCGAUCCUGCAGCGCAUGCUGCUUGGGAGGACCAUGCCUGAAGAGAUCAUGACCAAGUCCUUCGUGAGGACACUCCUAGACAUGUCUAAGAUGGAGCACCGGGACACGCAACAGCGCGUGGUGAUCGCCGUGUACCGCAUCUCCUGUUGCGAAAGAGGCCGAGAGCUCCUGCUUGAGGAAGGGGCGCCAGAGUCUCUGAUUCGUCUCAUCAGCAAGCCGAACGAAGAGAUGCGAAAGGGCUGUGCAAACACUCUCCUCAACUUAGCCUACGACCACGGGCGCGAGAUUGAGAUCACCAAGUGCGGCGCCGUGUCGGUGCUGCUAAUCACGGCACUCGUGGCUUCCGAUAGCGACGAGACGAGGCACGCCUGCACGAAGGCCUUGACGAACCUGCUGUGUGAGAAGCAGGCGCACCGUGGGAUGUUCAAGGACGGCGUGGUGUGGGGGUUGGCGGCUAUGAGCAGGUCGAACGACGUUACCAUCGCGAAGUUGUGCUCAGUGGCGCUGUGCAACCUGAGCUGCGAGUACUGGAAGGAGAUUGCCAUGUCCAACUGCAUGCAGGCCGUGUACGGUUUAGCGCGCUCGUCCGACGAGGCUGUGAUGUCUGCGGGGAUGAAGGCGCUACACAACGUGCUGUUGCGCGCGCAGCACCUGGAGGGGGUCGGCCACAUCUUCUCCGGCACGGUACCCAUCGCACGCCGGGCUUUGAUGCACAAGUCCAAGGAGAUCCGCCUGGUGGGCGUGAGGCUCACGAACCUGGUUUCCACGGCCUUGGUGGCAAGGCAGACGGCGAUGCUCUACAGAAUUGUAGAACGCGUUAACGUUGGCGACUUCGACAGCGACGAGCCCCUGAGCUAUUCCUUCUGUUGCGCGCUCGAACGGUUUGCGCUCGACCCGGCCACCCGCUCCUCCGUGCUCCAUUCGGGCUGCAUCGACAACUUCACCGCGCUGUGUGCCAUGAGCGGUCGCAUCAUGUCUCGGCUGGCGCAGUUCAUGUACAGCGUGUCCUGCUCCCCGGAACUCGUGCCGAGCCUGGUGCUAGAGCACGACGGCAUGAAGGUCAUAGCCGCCGUGCUUGAGCCGGUUGUCCAAGAGGAGGAGGACGGAUCGGUCGAGGGACGACAGGGCGGUGGAGCGGGGAGCGGGGGCGGCGAGGACCGAAAGGAAUCACUCGACGGGGCAAAAGAGACGUGCGCCGCGCUGCUCUUCAAUAUGUCGACCCAGGAUGAGGUUAAGACAGAACUGGUCCUGAAGGGGGGAAUCCGGCUGGCUUUUGCCCUGUGGGAGGGGGCUAGCCCGGAAGCCCGGCGCAGCUGCUCUCUCGUUGCGUGUAACCUCGCCGUGGGGAAAGUCAAUACCGCCAAGAUGGUUCGACAUGGCGCCGGGCAGCUGCUGGUGGAGCUGGUGAAGAACACCGAUCCGCUCAACGAUGCAGGAGGAAACCACGUCCAGCUGGCUGAAGAGGGGGUGAUCCCCGCUUUGAUCGACCUCGCCAAGACGGAUUGCCCCGUCGUGAGACGGAACUGCGCCUCCGCAAUGAGGAGCAUGACGUGCAAGGCGGAAGUUAGGCAGCUGCUCGUGGCCAGCGGCGCCAUCAAGGUCAUCCUCGACGACGCCACGAAUCAGGACGCCGACGAAAGCCUGACGAUCGACAACGAGCUUCUUUGUGAGAUCGAGGCCGAGUCUUGGGUCAACGGAACUAGAGGAAUAUUGGUAGAGUCGAGGGCACCCGUGUUACCCAUGCUGGAGCAGAACUGUUCGCUGCUCCCGGCGCCCGCCGACAGCCGUACCCAGAAAGCGGCAAGGGUGGCCGCGGCCGCCGCAAUAGAGAAGGAGGCGGGAGACGCGCUGUACAGCAUGCCUUGGCAGAAGCUUCAGGCUCUUGACGUCGACCUCCGAGAGCCGGACAUGGAGGUGUCCACCAAGCAAGACGACGCGAAACGUUACGACGAUCCUGGAAUAAACGCCGCGCUCGCCGGAGACACCGACGCCGAUGGGCCCCGGGGACUGCCAUCAUCGACGUCGGCGAGCUGCGGCAAGGUGGAGCCAAAGGAAGCCUCCCAAGCAAGCAGAACGAUGCUGGGGCACCCCGACGAUACCGACGAAGAAGACAGCUCCCUCCGCGGGAGUGCGGGGAGCUCCAGCAGCAUCAACGGGACAAAUUGCAACAACAACAACAACAACAACCGCGAUGACAGCAGCAACACUGCAUUCGACAACGAAGAGGGUCACACAGAUUCGACCAGCCACAGCAGCUGCGGUGGAAAGGUUAAUCCUCUGAUGAGCCUCGGUUCCACGCCAGAAGAAGACGAGGACGACACUUCUAGCGAUAGUGACGGCGGCAGAAACGACAACUCCACGGCCGACGGGAGUGGGAGUAGCUGGACAACAGCGACAAAGUCUCGGCGGCAUCGCCAGCAGCGUAGUUCUUCGGUGUCGGAGGCGACAAGCACCUCUUCGGAAUCGGACGGUGGCCUCAGCAACGAGCAAGCUUCCUGGCGACGAGGGAAACGCCGUGGUGGCGUGCAGAUGUUUGGGAGACAGCAUCAACCGCCGGCCGGCAUUGACGGAAUGCCCGACCCUUCGGUCGUCGAUUGGGAAGUGGCGGUCGUGAGGGCUUCGGCGAACGCGGACGAAAUGGUCGAAAGGUACAUUCAGACGCGGAAAGAGAUCCACCCUGCACGAAGGGGGUCCGUCAACAUCUCCUCCAUUGGCUCGCCGCGCCGUAGUUCAGUCCUUCAGCCAACCGGCGGUGGCAUCAACAGCAACGCCAUGGCGCUCACCGCGUCACGCCGCAGCAGCCUGUUCCCAGCUGCGGCCUCACGUCGCGGAUCCGUUCAGGCGGCUGGCAACCGGCGGGCGUCGGGCGUGCUGUUUCGGCCCCAACACCAGGCGACGCAGGGCGGAACAGGCAACCCCGUCGGCAAUGCUGCUGGGCGGCAGGCGAGGCGGGUGUCUGUUUCGCACCCCACCAUCGCCGCAGGCGGUGCUGGGCGGCGAGCCUCUAGGGCUGGAGGAAGCAUCACCACGACCAACACCACCAGCACCAGUAAGAGCGUCACCAGCCUAGCUUCGGUGGGAGAAGGCGGCACUUGCUCAGAGUUGGAAAUAGGAGUACUGUCCCACUCUGAUGACACGACGUCGCUCACGAUGGCCGACACAACUCAAAGCUCUGGCAAAGAGGGGAUGUUACCCCUGAGCUCGACAGAACACACUGGCAACGAUUCAGGAGGUGCCGCGGGGCCACUGGAGACGGUUAUAGUGGAGGCAGCAAGGGGUGGGAUUAGGUCGUUUAUGCCCAUAAGAGGGGGUACGUUUGACGCCGAGGCCGGGCGCUUCCCGCUUUAG